UCAUCAUUGUGUUCCUUUGCUAUGAACCUUUAUGUGCAAUGCAUUACAGUUCAUACUUUACAGUUCAAGUCUGUUCUGUGUUGUCCAAAUUAAUGUAUUCCUGUAUUUCAUUCCAGAAUGGCUGACAACAACUCAAACACACCUUUUCGACCUACUGGUGCCAGCCCCAAUUCAGGUAACCAGUCUUUCCCCCCACCCAUGUGGGAUCCUCAGAUGUGGCAGGGCCAAGGUUUGGACCCAACCCAUCCUUCUACAUUUACUACUCCUACAAACCAUAUGAGUAAUCCUACCUGGUCCCAGGGAGCUAAUGACCCAUCUACAUAUACCUUUCGUAGUCCAUGGAACCCAUUUUUUGGUAUGAUCAAUCCUGGGGGUCCUCCACUACAACCAUCAUUCAGUCAACCCCAGUUUGCACCACCCAUUCCAUGUCCACAGGUUUCUACCCAUGUUCCCAACCAGACUGACCCAAUUACUUUUGAAUCCGAAGCAGAACAUAGUGUCCAGGAAGUUAACAGCCCAACCAAACCUUCAGACACACCUUUCACAUUUAGAAGGACAAAGGAACAGAACUUCAAACCUGCUGAAGACCUGUUGCUUUGCAAAACAUGGCUAGAGAUUAGUAGUGACCCAGUAAUUAGCACAGGCCAGAGAAAGGAGGGGUUAUGGGCUAGAAUUGAGAAAAGGUAUAAUGAACUUAGAGGUGAGUUUCCAAUGAGACUUAAUAGGGCCCUGAGCAGCAGGUGGGACAAAAUCAGAGCUGAAACAGGCAAAUUUGCUGGAUUCUACGCUAGAGUCUUAAGGGAAAACCAGAGUGGCCUCACAGAUAACGACAAGACUUCAAAAGCAGCAACUUUGUAUGCAACAUCACAGAAAAAGCCAUUUCAUUUCAUGCACUGCUGGACGCGCCUGAAAGACGAACCCAAAUGGGAUGCCAUGGUUCAUGGCAGCCCAUGGAGAGGCAAUGCGGGGACCGAGCUUGUUCGUAGUCUAACACCUACAGGUUCUGUGAAUGAAGUGGAAUCUGAUGAAGGUGGUUCGAAAGGCAAGAGACCAUUAGGACGUGACUCGACGAAAGCAUCCAGGAAGAAGGCAAUGUCCAGUUCAUCCCAGUCUACUGACUACCUCUCAAGAAUCCAUGACAUUCAAAUAGCAAGAUUGAAGCAAAGUGAAGAAAAAUCAGACCUCAAACAACAAAACAUUGAGUUCAUGAAGGAAGUUGAACUGAAGAAGUUGGAGGUUCAGUCCAAGGAAAUAGAAGUGCAGGAAAAAAAUUGAUGAUGGAAGACAGGAAGCAAAAGGAUGAAGAGCUGAACAAACUUUAUGCCAUGGAUAUGGAUGCUUUACCAGAAGAGUUGAGAGCUGUAUACAUGGCGAGGAGAAAAGGUUUAAUUGAUUUUUUCAUCAACAAUCCUAUCUGAAGAGUACUUAUUUAUUUCAUAAGGUGUUGCUCACCUGUGUAUCGGCGUACCCUUGCCAUGUGUGUUUGCACUUUAUACAAUUUCGAGUAGUCUGAACAUUUCCUUACUAUUUUGAGAACAUGAGCAUGGUUUUUGAACAUUGUUUAUUGUAAUAAUAUUGAUAUUCAU